AUGUAUUGCACAUGCAAUAAAUCUAGUUGCACAAGAUAUUUUAAAAUAUGAGUGGGCUGAUAAAUUAAUUAAAAAAUGUGCAGAAAUUAGAUCAUUAAUAGAACAAUAUAAAAUUGAUGGAGGAGGUCUUAAAAACUAUUCAAAAACUAGAUGGACUACUGCAAAUGAUACAGUUGAAAGUGUAAUACAUUUAGAAAAAGUUUUAAAAAAG